AUGCUCGAUGGUAUUGAUGAGGCAGCCAACAUGAAGCUAGCUGUGGAGGAGUUUGUGACGAAGACUCUGGUCUUGAUGGGCGUUCCUCUCCUGGUGACAUCACGGCCCGAGGGCAUCAGGAAACGCCUCUAUUCCAGGAGCUUUAUCAUCAUGAACUUGCAGCCGCUGAGCGGGGACCAACAGCACAAGAUCAUCGAGAAGCAACUUCAGCAAAAUUCCUUCUUCAAGCACCUUGUGUCUUUCAGCAAGGCCCGGCAAGCUCUGGAGGAAGCCUUCCAAAGCAACUUCCCGGAAUCCAGUGAGGACCGCAGCGCUCUUGAGGCACUUCCGCAGACGGCCGAGGAGGCCGUGGCGCCAGCCACAGCAGUGAUUGAUCACGAAAUCUUCGCGGCCGUGUUUUUCUGUGCGGCUGUGCGCUUGCUGGCGAGCGCGGGGCUAAAUCCAGGAUGCCUGCAGCUUCCACAGGACCCGCAAGACGCAGAGAAGGACGCGGCAGAAAGCCGAGAUGUCCAGAAAAGACUGAGCAUCCAUUCCAAGAAGCUUGGGAUGAUCAAGGCGGACUUCGUGUGUCCCAGCGCCGCCUCACUGGCGAGCCUCUGCAAGACGUUGCUCAAAGGCUUCACGGUGCAAAUCGAUGGAGAACCCGCCAGCCUUCAUGUCGCUCGUCGCUGGAGCUCCUUUCAAGAUCCUGGCCCGACUCGACUGCGGUUCCUGCGCUACGAGCUCAGACUGACAUUCCAGGAUACAUCUCACACCGCUCAGGUGCAGAUCCAUCAUGCAGAGUGCUUGUCUGUGUAUAGGACUUUGCAGAUGCAGGAGCUUUGGACAGCGAUUCGGGUGGUUUCCGUAAGCGGUUACCCUGCUGCGCCGCACACCGGUGCAGGUGGACUUGAGACUUUUGAUACCAUGCUGGAGGCCAGAAUGUCGGUCUUCGACGCCAUCUGCCGCAUCCCCGUGCUCCUAUCGGUGUUGGCCUGUGCCUUUGCCGUGGAGACCCAGCGCCUGCCGCAGAACCUUUAUGACCUCUACGAGAUGGGCAUGCUGUCUACCCUUGAACGGCGGGUUGGAAAGGACAGAGUGCAGGCUGUGCUGGAGAUGCUGCAGGCAAUCGCUGUGGCCAAUCACAUAGCAAAGCGACGUACUUUCCAGGCAGAGGAUCUUCGAGCAGCACUGAAGGAGCCAAGCCAAUUGGCAUUGUGGUCACAGUUGCUGGAGGAUGGCUCUGUUCCUUUGGUCAAGAUCCUGGCCCUGGGCGACAUGACGGGCGAGUUUCAGUUUAGCCACCUCAGUUUCCAGGAGGCUUUGUUCGUCCGAGCUCUCAGCGCCAGCGACCGAGACAGGCAGUUUCGAUGUUUCUGGGGCUCCGACACCUCGCUGAACUCCAGCCUCAAUGACCCCUUCUACCGCAACACCUUCGUCAUUGGUCGGGGCUACCUUGGCGAAGCCUUGGCAAGCUCCCAGCCCUCCUUCAACUUCGACUGCCAGCCACGGCUGUCUGGCCUGGGUCGCGAAGGCCUUCGGCACUUGUUGGCAGGCACUCGAUCGCUCCGGAGCCUGCAUUUGGGGAACGUGGAUCUUGGAGGUCAGAUCUGGGCAGAUCUGGUAAAUUCCAUGCUUCCGGGGCUUUCUCUCCAGGAGCUGGUGCUCAGCCGAUGCCGGCUAUCGGCUGUCAAGCCUCUGGGAGCCUUGCUCAGGGCCUGCCCCAAGUUGCGCCUUUUGGAUUUGGAAGGCAACAAGAAUAUUCUAAAGACUCCUUCCGAGGUGGCCGAGUUGCAGGAAGCAGUUGGGGAGUGUAAGCUCGACCACUUAGAGGUGCUCAGCCUACGAUGGUGUCACAUUUCCGCAUCUUCGGGGACUUGCAUCAAAGGCUUCUUGACGGCCAACUGUCCUGCACUCACCAAGAUAGAUCUCCAGGGAAACCGGGGUCUCUCUCGAAGUUUGUUUGCGGGCACCUUCUUGGCGGCCUGCAUUCAGGGCGGCUAA